CCGCCGCCCGCCGCCACCAUGGGGCUCUGGCCCGAGCCCGACGCGCGCCGCGGCAGCGACGCCCCUCCCGGCCGGCCCCGCCGCUGUCCCCGCUCCGUCUUCAGCAACAUUAAGGUGUUUGUGCUCUGCCAUGGCCUCCUGCAGCUGUGCCAGCUCCUGUACAGCGCCUACUUCAAGAGCAGCCUCACCACCAUCGAGAAGCGCUUUGGCCUCUCCAGUUCCUCCUCAGGUCUCAUCUCCAGCUUGAAUGAGAUCAGCAAUGCCAUCCUCAUCAUCUUUGUCAGCUACUUUGGCAGCAGGGUGCACCGUCCACGGCUGAUUGGCAUUGGGGGUCUCCUCCUAGCUUCGGGUGCCUUCAUCCUCACCCUCCCACACUUCCUGUCAGAGCCCUACCAGUACACCUUGGCCAGCGUUGGGAACAGCAGCCACUUCCAAGCUGAGCUCUGUCAGAAGCACUGGCAGGACCUGCCCCCUAGUAAGUGCCAUAGCACCACCCAGGACUCCCGGAAGGAGACCAGCAGCAUGUGGGGUCUCAUGGUGGUCGCCCAGCUGCUGGCAGGCGUCGGGACGGUGCCCAUUCAGCCAUUCGGAAUCUCCUAUGUGGAUGACUUCUCUGAGCCCAACAACUCACCCCUGUACAUCUCCAUCUUAUUUGCCAUCUCUGUGUUUGGACCGGCCUUCGGAUACCUGCUGGGCUCCGUCAUGCUGCAGAUCUUUGUGGACUAUGGCCGAGUGGACACAGCUGUGGUUAACCUGAGCCCUGGAGAUCCCCGGUGGAUUGGAGCAUGGUGGCUGGGACUGCUCAUCUCCUCAGCCUCCUUGGUUCUUACCUCUUUUCCCUUUUUUUUCUUUCCUCGAGCAAUGCUCAAGGAAGCGGAGAGGUCUCCUGCCAUAGUGGAUGAAGCAAGGAAGAUGGAUGAGGCCAAGCCAAGAAGCUCCCUGGUGGAUUUCAUUAAACGGUUUCCUCGCAUCUUCCUGAAGCUGCUGAUGAACCCACUCUUCAUGCUGGUGGUCCUGGCCCAGUGCACCUUCUCCUCGGUCAUUGCUGGCCUCUCCACAUUCCUCAACAAGUUUUUGGAGAAGCAGUAUGGUGCCUCCGCAGCCUAUGCCAACUUCCUCAUCGGUGCCGUGAACCUCCCAGCUGCAGCACUUGGAAUGCUGUUCGGAGGAAUCCUCAUGAAGCGUUUUGUUUUCUCUCUGCAAACCAUUCCCCGCGUGGCUGCCACCAUCAUCACCAUCUCCAUGAUUCUCUGCGCCCCUCUCUUCUUCAUGGGAUGCGCCACCCCCACGGUAGCGGAGGUCUAUCCCCCCAGGACAUCAAGUCCUAUACAUCCGCAGCCUCCUGCCUGCCGCAGGCACUGCUCGUGCCCAGACUCCAUCUUCCACCCAGUGUGUGGAGACAACGGAGUAGAGUACCUCUCGCCGUGCCACGCCGGCUGCAGCAAAAUCAACGUCACCUCCAUAGCCUCCAAGCAGCUGACUUAUCUGAACUGCAGCUGUGUGACCGGGGCGUCUGCUUCAGCCAAGACGGGAUCGUGCCCCAUCCCCUGUGCCCACUUCCUGCUCCCAGCCAUCUUCCUCAUCUCCUUCGUGGCCCUCAUAGCCUGCAUCUCGCACAACCCACUCUACAUGAUGGUUCUGCGUGUGGUGAACCAGGAAGAAAAGUCAUUUGCCAUUGGGGUACAGUUCUUGCUGAUGCGCCUGCUGGCCUGGCUGCCGUCUCCAGCCCUCUACGGCCUCACCAUCGACUACUCCUGCAUCAAGUGGAACUUUCAGUGCUCAGGGAGGCGCGGGGCCUGUGCCUACUAUGACAAUGAUGCUCUCCGAGACAGGUACCUGGGCCUGCAGGUGGGCUACAAGGCGCUGGGUGCGCUGCUGCUCCUAUUCAUCAGCUGGCGGGUGAAGAAGAGCAAGGAGUACAAUGUGCAGGAGAAGGCUGCGGGCCUCAUCUGACCCCUGACCCUCGGCCCAGCCACUGCCCUGCUCCAGAAAGUGGACCCUGCCCCUCCACACCUGCCUGUAUUUACUAAUGUUAACACAUCAUUUCCGUUUAGUUUUUUAAAUAAGAGAAAACCCCAGGCAGCAUUUGCCCUCCCUGCCUCCUAUGCCCCCCUCCCCCCCCAGGAUUCCUUAGGUCCACUGUGUACCUGGGCUGGAUGGGGACUGAGCUGGAAAGCUAGGUCUUCCCUGGCUCCGUGGGAGGCACCCCCAUGUGCCCAGGCGCUCCUCAGUGCUGGGUCCCCCAGCAAGGAUGCCCACUGAGGCAGCCUUCCUCCCCCACCCCCCUGCUGCCACCGCCCCAGCCUUGUGGGUGGGUUGGUUUCCUAAGUAGAGAGAGCAAAGGGGUAUCUUCCCAGAGGAAAAAAGGAGAGCGCUGGGUUAUGGUUAAUGGCCAGAGGCAGGCUAGGGGAGGGAGAGCCUGGCUGUAGCCCCCUUUGUGCCUCAGUUCAGCAUCAGAACCCAGGAAGGACUGACCUCCUUCCACUCAGAUCUUUGCUUCCUGCCCCAAAAGGCCAUUUUGGAAGCUGCCAUGUUGGGAAGUAGGGCCAACUGGUCCCCUCAGUUACCCCACACUCAGGCACCAGAGCAGGGACCAAGACACCCCAAGGGCAGGUCAUCCAGAAGUUGUUCCUGUUAACUCUAGAUCCUUCUGAGCUAAGAAAGCUGCACUGUGGUGAAGACCUGAGGAGGGCUGUGAAGUGGUCAAUAGCCCAACCUCCCACAACCUCCAUGUGAGAAUGAGACCACUCAACUCAGAGUGUUGGGAAAACCCUCCCCAAGUUGCCUUGGGAGCAGAUGAGGUGGCCACACGUGGGCAUCCCUGUCUGGAUGGACUUCACCCUGUGUGCCAAAAAGACAGGUGGUCCAAGAUGUCAGCAGAGCAAGUGCUGAAGCUGAGAGGGUACCAAGGGCAGCCAAGCUGGAUGGUGAGCUGCAGCCCACAAGAGAGGCCAGUGUGGUCAGCUUCCCUGGCUCCAGACACGCCUGUAUUCAUCAAAAAGAUCUCACCUCUUCUCACUGCCCCUCCUGGGGCCUGGGUUGAACGACCUCACUGUUGUGUGGUGAAGGUUGAGAGACGUCUGCAAAGGAGGCCUUUCAUCAACAAAUAUUAUAUUUAUCGCAGACCAGCUUUGUGCAAGGCAGCACUAGUACAUGGCUCUCCACUGAGCUUGCCUACGAUCUCCCUCACCUCCCUCCGUCCACACUGGGCCUUCUCCCAGAGUGUGUUCAGUAGGCAGCAGCAGGGAGGCACAGCACAAACCCAGAGAUUGUCAACAGGAUCUUGACCAUCUAUGUCCCACCAGAUGGCCCCUGCACUUGGCCCUUUGCCAGACAAAGACCUGGCUCACUGUGUCCUCUGGAGCAGCUAGGAACUGGUUAUGGCUAUACACGGCUCUCUUGAGUUCCAGUCCUCUUGGAAGAACCCUCCAGAAGCAUAUCAGAAGCCAUCUCUGGAAAGGGGUCCUAUGGUGGUAAGCCAAAAAAAUGUAUGCCAGUGGCCAAACUGCCAUGAGACCGAAGUCUUUGUGAAAGCCACUGCUGCACAUGGCCUUGUUUCCAGAGCCACCAUGCUUAUUUCCAAAGAUCUCACUCAGGAAGGGAGAGGCUCCGUGCAACCUCAGGGGCCAGUUUCAGCAUUUAAGUUGGUUCUGCUUGGAAAAUGAUUCCCGGAAACUAAUCCUGGUCCUUCUCUCUGUGAUUUAACCAAAUCCUGGAGGCACUGCCCUUCAGCUGAGCUCACGAACAAUGAGUGCCAACCUGCAGAUCUUGGAAGAUUGGUUGCCCUCCCAAGGCUUUAUUCUAUUGUGAUAUUGCUAUUAAUAUAUUAUAAUUUUGCUACUGA